GUGGAAGGAGCUCACAGUGCUGGCUCCUUCCGAAGUUUUCAAGAGGGAGGGGUUCGCUCGACAGCGAGCGCGGCUGUUUUCGGUGGUUUUAACUGCUGUGGGAACUAUAGUGGUGUUGUGUGAGCUACUCGCUGUCCUGGGGGCCUGUUUUCAGCGUCCAACUUCGCCGACGGGGCCUGCUACGGCCCGUGAAGCCUUCUCGUCGCAGCGUGGCCUUCGUUGAGGGGCAUCGGCCCCGUGGUUUGUCGGGUCCUUGGGGGGCCUGGGGGUGUGUGGGUUACGCCACGGGGGGGCUCCCCUGAGUGGGGUGGGCAUUUUUUGUGUUUGGUCCCCUUACUAUUUUGUGCUAUUUCCACUUGCUUUGCUGGCAUUUUAAAGCUUUGUUUGUUGGGAUAGCUGGGCGGGGUUGUUUCGUUUCAUUCAACUCUGAGGUUUUUUAGCUUCUGGUCAUUUACUUUAUUUGGGGCUUGGCUGUCAGAAUUGGGUGGCAAUGCCCAGAAAGGCAAAAGAAAAGAGAGGGGUGCGGCCUAUUCGGCAGCCUAGGAGGCCUGCCCUUCCACCGUCCUCAUCUGAGGAGGAUGACGAAGAAAUGGGAGUGAUUCGCAGUUUGAUUAAUAGAAUGGAGGCUUUGGAAAAGGCCAGAGGUGCUCCUUCAGACAAAGGUGCAGGUCCCUCUGGCGGUGGAGGCGUGCCGCCGCCCAAGGUUCCCUGCCGCACUAGGGGUUCUGCCUGGAGUCAAUUAUUAACUUCCCUUUCCAUCAGGUUGGAAGCUUUAGAGAAAGGGACGGAUCCGGCCGGCCCGCCACCUCCUGGCCGGCCUGUGGCGCCUUCUGCACCUGUUGGACCACCUCCUGGACAGCCUGUCCCGGUGUUACCGCUUCCAUCUCCCUCUGAUCCGGUUCCGGAGCUGCCAUUGCCAUCACAGCCACAACCUGCUGCACCGGUUGAUCAGCCGCCUGCGGACCCGACUAUGCCUGUGCCUCCUGAUGCUGGUGGAGCAGCAGCUCCAGUACGGGUCCUGAUGUGCGGCCACUCGCUGGUCUUCUGGGCCUUCAAACGAGCCAGCACUUCUCUCUGGGGAUCGCAGUUAGGUUUCGGGAGAAGGGCCUCGGUGUACUGGUUGGGCCUGCGGGGCAUGCUAUGGAACCAAUUGCUACCUGCGAUCAGGCAGCAUUUAGUUAGCUUCCCCAUUCCCAAUAUAUUGGUUUUACGUUUGGGGGAGAAUGACUUAGGCCGGCGGACUGGCCUGUCCAUUGUUCAACAAGCCUCCGCUGAUAUAGCCCUACUUCAAAUUUGGAUGCCGGGGAUGCGGGUGUUAUGGGUUAACUGGAUUCAGCGUAGGGUCUGGCGGAAUGCCCGUUGCGGGCUGAGCUUGGAAAAAGCCCGUAGGAAGACUUCGGCUGCGAUCAGUAAAUUAAUAUUGGCAGCCGGGGGGGCUGUAGUGUGGCAGUCUGACCUAGCUGCCCGCUGUCCUGUUAUAUCGGGCAGAUGGCGUUCAUCUAUCAGUCCAAGGCUGUGAUUGUUAUCUAGGUAACGUUCAGCGGGUGCUUGCUGAGCUUCUGGAUGGGCAUGGGGCAGGGGGGUCAAGCAAUGGCUAACCCUCCUGGGUGGCAAUAACAGUGCGGGCUGAAGGGUAAGGGAGGUUAGAGUAUCGGUGAGCACCCUUGGAUAUUUAAAGGUGGAUUGGUCAAUCUCUCCUUUGUUGCCUGCGCGGCACGGGGAGUAAUUUCAUUUCCAUGAAACCUGUUUCAGGAAUUCACCAACCUUUGGGCUGUGCGGUCCGGGGCGGGUGAAGACCUGGAGAUGUCCAGAUCACCUCUGAGAAAGGGGUGGUCGGCGUUGAAGGAAUAGGGCGGGAUGUGCCCGCCUCUUUCCUGAGCCAGGGUGUGUCGCCCAAUGAGGCAAUGGGUAGGAUGGGGAAAUCCUAACUCAUGCCUAGGGGCCCGCACUGUUUUCUGUUUUCUGUUUUAUGAAGGUGAUUAUCACCUCAUGUUCAGUCCGCCAUGCCUGUUGUUCUUUAAUAAAGCGUGGCCCUUUUCACCCAA